AUGCUACAUAUCGGUUAUCUAGUGGAGCAAUUGACACAAGAGCGGUUGUCCGUCGUUCUUCUUGGGGUAGUAGCCGUUUCUGGAGGAUUCCACGGAGGUCAUGGAGGACACAGCAAGCAGUACAGGAAGCAAAAUGACCACGGCCACUACAGCUUCGGCUACGACAUCCAAGACGCCUGGGGCAACGUGCACGGGCGUCACGAGACCGGCACGGGCCACGAGGGCGUGCACGGCUCCUACUACCUGGGCGAGGUGGACGGACGCCACCGAUACGUUGUCUACGUGGCCGAUAAGUUCGGCUUCCGGGCCAUGGUCAAGACCAACGAGCACGGAACUAAGACCAGCCUGCCCGCCGCCGCGCCCUACGUGUCGGCCAACGGGAAGCACGUGCCCUCGUACGGCAUCGGAGGAGGACACCACGGCCACCACCACGUUCACCACGGUCACCACGGACACCACGGACACCACGGAUAA